AUGGUUGUUAAUAAAAAAGAUUGUUAUUUAAUAAUUCUAACUUCAUUUAUUUCAAUAUUUAGUUAUAAAUUUUAUUUAAAUAAUAAAAAGCCUAUCAACAAACAAUCUAAAAAGUCUUCUCAUCCUAAAACAUUAAAUCACAAUGAAGAACUGAUUAAAGAGCAAUUAAGUAGAAAUUAUUCCUUUUUAGGUGAAAGUGGUAUGCAGUCUAUACGUGACUCCUUCAUCGUUGUCAUCGGUCUUGGUGGUGUUGGAAGUUGGUCUUCUCUUAUGUUAUCUAGAUCCGGUGUGAGCAACUUGCGUUUAGUAGACUUUGAUCAAGUCACUCUAUCCAGCCUUAAUAGACAUGCAACUGCUACCUUGAAAGACGUCGGUAUUUCAAAGGUUGACUCAGUUAAAAAUUUCAUCCUUUCCGUUUCCCCUUGGUCCAAAGUUGAAGCUAUAAACCAAUUAUGGUCACCUGGAGAACAGGGAGAUGCUCUUCUUAGUGGCAAUCCUGAUUACAUUAUAGAUGCCAUAGACCAUAUACCAACAAAGGUGGCACUUCUCAAACGUUGCAAGGAGUUAAACCUUAAGGUUAUCUCUUGUGCAGGUGCAGGCGCUAAACAAGACCCUUCAAGGAUCCAAAUUGCAGACAUGUCUAACACCUUCGAAGACCCAUUAGCUAGAUCUAUAAGAAGAAAGUUAAAACAUUAUGGACAUGGUAUACCCGUAGUUUACUCAACAGAAAAGCCUUCAGAUGUGAAGUUGCUCCCUCUACCACAGGAGGAGUUUGAAAAGGGUAAAGUUAAUGAAUUGUCCGCAAUGGAUGAUUUCAGAGUAAGGUUGUUACCUGUUUUAGGCCCAAUACCAGCAAUGUUUGGCUUAGCUGCAUCCACCCAUAUAUUACUGAGUUUGGCAGGUAGAAAAGACUAUGCACCGCUCCCAGUGAAGAAUAGACCAAGAUUAUACGACAAAGUAUACAGAGAUUUCCACAAAAAAGAAGGCAAACCUAAUAACUUUGGUUCACAUGAGCCAAUAAACCUUGAUGUUCAUGAAAUUGGUUAUAUUUUGGAUGAGAUAUACAACUCAAAGAGUAUAAUUCCACCUCACAAUACUCUUUCUAGGCCAGCGAUAGUCAGAUGGGAUGGCACAAAACCACUGUCUUUAUCAAACCUUGCUGCAAUGGAAUACAAAGACUCAGAGAUUCAUUAUCAAAAUGGAUGCGACGGUCCUUCAAUCUGGGGUGAGGAAGCAAAUAAAUUAUUCAACAAAAAGCAUCAAGAAAUUCAAAAAGAUCUAUUGUAUGAUUAAGUAAUAUACAAAAUGCCUUAUUCUUUCAGUAAAGCCAGUUUACAUCAUAGCAUUGCAAAAUGGCGUAAUUCUAGUAUGAAGAUAACCUCUACUUAAAUAAAUCAAUCGCAGAACGCAACUAAUAAAUCAAGCAAACGAAACUCCUGUCUAAAAUGCCAAGUUGCAGCUAUAUCUGAGAAUGGAUAAUAACUUUGGUGUCAUCAUUUUGAAAAAAGGCAAUUAUAAAUAAACUGAGCUAGUGUAAUAAAUAACAAAGUAUAAUUAUCUAGGAGACUGUUAGUAAUUGUUUCCUUAAAAAAAGGAGAAUGAGUUAUAAGUAUCAGAAAUAGAAAGUGUCUUUUGGUAAAU